AUGGCCGACUUCAACGAAUACCCCCCCGACCUCCCCGUCCGCGACGCACUGAUUCUCCGGAACCACACCGCUGCUGAAUCCGCCCACGCGGUGGUGCCGUAUUCUGGGACGGACCUCGCGAGACCACAGCUCGGUCCAGCGAACCCCUUCAAAGGAAGCGAUGAGCCGAGCGUAGGGGACAAGCGAAAAAACGUCCUCACUGGGCGGGCGGAGGAGACGUUUAUUAGUGAGCAUACCUUUCGGGCGAAACACCGGGCGGUGGAACGGGAUGGGGGGCCGGAGAGGGAGUUUGUUGGGAGUAAGAGGAUGAAGGAGAUGGCGAGGGAGGUGAAGAGGGAACGGGAGGGGAAGGGGAGUGCGACGGUUGCUGAUGGGGAAGGAGCUUAUUUGGGACCGUGGGCGAAAUAUAAGAAUACGAGGUGGGAGGAGGUGGAGGUGGAAGAAGGGGGGGAGUUGGGGAGUGAUGAGGAGGAGGUUGAGGAGGAGGUGGUGGGGAGUGGGACUGUGAUCAGGGCGCCGGAGGUUAAUUUGCAAAGGAGGGAGGAGGUGGAGAAGCAAGGGGAGGAGACAAGUGUUUUUGAGGGGGGGGAGGAGUUUGAUUAUUUGGGACGGGGGUAUUUGCAUGUACCCCAGGAUUUGGAUAUUUCUUUGACGAAGGAGGUGGGAAGUGUCACGAAUUUUAUUCCGAAAAAGGUGGUGCAUGUCUGGAGGCCGCAUGGGAGGCAGGGCAGUGGGAGUGCGGUUACCAGUCUUAGGUUGUUUCCUGGAUCGUCACAUCUCGGGUUGUCGGGGGGCGCGGAUGGGUUGGUCAAGAUUUGGGAUGUGUAUCGGAAUCGGGAGGUGUUGAGGAGUUACAAGGGGCAUAAUAAGGCGGUGACGGAUUUGGACUUUGUGAGGGCGGGGGGAGCGGCGGGGAGGAGGUUUUUGAGUGGGGGGUUUGAUAGGAAGGUGAGGUUGUGGGAUACGGAGACGGGGCAAUGCGUGCAGAGGUUUAAUGUGGGCAAGACGCCGCAUGUGGUCAAGUUUAAUCCUGGGUCGGAGAAUGGGCAUGAGUUUUUGGCGGGGUUGAGUGACAAUCGGAUUGUGCAGUAUGAUUCGAGGGCGGGGAACGAGACGGUGCAGGAGUAUGAUCACCAUCUGGGGGCAAUUAACACGCUCGAGUUUAUCGAUGAUAGCAGGAGGUUCAUGUCGACGUCGGAUGAUCGGUCGUUGAGGGUUUGGGAGUAUGGGAUUCCGGUGGAGAUCAAGACCAUCAGGUAA